AUGGUGAACAUUUCUCCAUUCAUUGCUAAAUACGUACGAACAUUACAUGCCCAUCACGCCGAUUUGGAGAUACCCUACAGCCACACACAGUUUGGUGUUGUGUUAAUGGUCGAUGUUGUUGGUUUCAGCUCUCUGACGGCCAUGGCUACAGAAAAAGGUGAUUCUGGUGCAGAAGCAAUUGCUCUUGAAAUCGGUGCUUACAUGGGAGAGUGCAUUGAAAUCAUUGAGCAUUUUGGCGGAGACGUAGUAAAGUUUCUCGGAGAUGCUGUUCUGGUAAGCUUUCAACAGAGCCUUGACGCACGACAGACAACCGUACAGCCCGGAGCAGACCCUAGCCUGGAUUCUAUAAAAGAAACCUCUGAACGACAGAAACAUGUGUUGGUUAGAAGAGCUGUCGAGUGUGGACUGCAAUUAUUGGCUCGCCAGUCACACUAUAGAGUCUAUCUCACUGCCGAAGAACGAACGAAACAUCGGACACCAACAGGCGAAAUUGACCGACGGAUACGGAAGAGCAAGAAAGAACGGUUCUUUUUGUUCGAUGGGAGCACCAGCGGAGUCGACAAUUCCCUACAUCCAAUAUCAACUUCAUCCUGCUCCUCAUCCGCAUCCGUGUCCGCGAACACUAACAUGAGCUUUUUUCGACAGGACGACCUGCCAUUCCAAGAAGAAUACACAAUCGCAUUCAAUAUCUGGAACUGUUUUCCUUUUAUAGGCAGAAAGCGCAGAGAAAUGAUGUACGCCCGUCGGUCAAGUAUGUCCAGUGUGGACCUGCCGGGCAGUAACACCAACACCGUUGAUCUCGAACUCCAUAUCGCCCUGUCAUGCGGCGACCUUACGAACAUCAUCCUGGGCGAUUUUGAUGGCAGUGACAUGCCAGUAUCCCAGUUCCCCACCAAAGCACCCGGUGACAUACCUGAGCUGGAUCCCUUGAUGAACGCCGACAACCCAAGUCUGAGAUAUACCGGUCGACUCGAGUACGCAAUCUGUGGACCUGCCGUAGAAUCCCUAGAAGAAGCCUUGUCAGUCGCACAAGCAGGCGAAAUGAGCAUAACCAAAGAAGCAUACGAUAUCAUCCAGAAACAAUCGCUGGACUUCACAUACGAGAAACGAGACAAUUUUUUUGUUAUCAAGAACGCAGACACAAUGCCUCCGAUGCGCUCCAAAAUGAAUACGGCCAUGCGCAACCACCACGCACAGCACGGAAGCAAGAUAUCCACCGUUGGACCAAACGCCAGUUAUCUGGCCGAGCGGCCCGGGCUAAUGAAGCAAGCCUCAAAACUUAAUAUAGAACCCCUUGUGGCCCGCAGACGAAACAAUGACUACAUGGAACAACCGAACGAAGAAACCAACGAAAAUUACUCUAAAUACAUUAAUCGAAGUGCGCUCUAUCGACUGCAGCACAGCCCUGAUAAUAAUUAUCCUGCACAGUUUCGAGAUGUAACGAUUAUGUUUGUCAGUCUUGGCAAAUUGCAGGUCUCUACUCCAGAAGGUUUAGAGAUGGGACAAAGAGCCCUGAAGAUUGGAAUGCGAUCAUUGAUUAAAUAUGAAGGAAUGCUUCAACAAUUUGCAGUAGACGAUAAAGGUGCAACAUUGCUGGCUGUGUUUGGAUUACCGCCUCUUUCACAUGAACGAGAAGCUGUGUUUGCUGCCAAAGCCGCACUUGAGAUACGUGACGCAUAUCGAGCGAUUGAGUUACCCGGGUUUUCCAUUGCCCUGUCCACCGGGAUAAUCUUCAAUGCUGUCGUCCCUCAAGGGAACCCUUACAGACGUGACCCCGGAAUUGCGGGAGAUGCGAUUAUUAUGGCUGUGCGUAUGCUGAAACUUGACUUUUCUAAGCGCAAUGUCGUUUGCGAUCUCGCGACAAAACAACAGAUUGGCGGCAUUUGCGACUUUGUUGAUUACGGAGAGAACACAGUCAAAGGAAAAGUGAAGCCCUUACCGAUUUAUGGGAUCAACAAAUUUAUAACCGGAAAAGCCAAGCGGGUCUCACUCCACAACCUUGAAAAGAACACGGAUUUCAUUGGAUAUAAAAUCGAGAUGAGAAAGGCAGUAGAGUUUGUGAAUAACUGGAAUGAAGAAAGUAAUGAUCAUCUGCUGAUAAUAUCCGGAGCCUCGGGUGUCGGUAAAAGUUACUUUUGUCAUGCCUUGAACAAGAGAAUCAAUUCAUACGGUGCAUCAUGCUGUUGGUCUUCUUCUACAGAAGUGGAAAAGAGCUCAAAGUACUACCUGAUAAAGAGUAUACUGCUCUCAUUGUUUGAACUCAUAGACUCCGAAAGCGUACCUCAGAACACCAAACGCCAAACAACAUACCUUAGCAAUUCGCCAAGACUCUCACCUUACAGCAUGGAAGAAUCUAUCGGAUCUUCUUCUUCAUCGCUUGUGCCUCAAACACAAUCUCACAAAGACCGUUUCCGUCGACUGACUGUGUAUUCUUCCCAAUCACGGUCAACCCAAACUGGGACCAGUGGUAUUCAUUUUGAACUCACAAACGAAGUAUCAGAAUUGAUCGCACGUUGUCUUCGUAAAUGCGGCGAAGACGAUGGAUUCUUGCCCUUGUUUCGAUCAGUCUUUGCAACCCUUUCAGAUAUCGACGACAACAAGUACAUUAGUAAGCUUGACGGUCGCGCAAGAGAUAUUCUUUUGGCUGGCGUUGUCACACGUAUGAUUCGGUAUGUGUCUGAGCAUGUUAGCCUUGUGUUCAUCUGUGACGAUGUGCAGUGGGCCGACUCUGCGUCUAUUCAAAUACUACAACAUAUUCAUGAACAUUGCCAGCGUGUUAUGCUAGUAUUGGCGACACGACCUAUUAGGGAUUACAAGGUUACUUUUAUAACCAAUCUUUGCGCUACUGGAACUUGUGAACAAAUUGUGUUGAAUGGCCUGGGUGCAGAUGAAAUCGGGGACAUAAUAUUGCAAACAUUUCACACUGGUGUGGUCAAGGUCAGUCCUGAAAUUGUAAAGGUUAUUCAGAAACGUACAGGAGGGAACCCACUUUACGUAAAAAAUAUGGCCAUAAUUCUAAAAGACUUUAAUCAUGUUACUGUCGUGGAUGGAGAAUUGGUUCCUAGCAGCAAUAAAUUUGACCUCGAAGAUUUGAUGGGAAACUUUGAUUACAAGCGAAUCAUCAAAAUGCAGUACGAUCGUUUGGACAGCGGAUUCCAAGAGUUUCUCACCGUGGCAAGUUGCUUGGAUCAAUACUUUACAAUAUACGAAAUCCAAGCUGUAAUUAAUCCAAACAACAUCAUAUUUCACGAAACUGACCCUCAAAGAAUUCGCGAUAUAAUCGAGCAUUAUGACACCUACCAUUUUCUUAAUCAAAUGGUCGAGAACCCGCUGGAGAACAGUGGAGAAGUCUAUUCAUUCGCACACAUUACUAUUCCGCAAAGUAUUUACUACAUGGUAUCAUACGAAACACGUAUAUCACUCCACCUGGCCCUUGCACGAUAUUACGAAGGACAGCUAUCGCGAGAAAACUAUCCUGAAUUAUUAGGAAAAGUGACACGACAUUAUCUCCAGACAGACCAGCUCACAAAGCAAUUGUGGUACCUGGAACAACUUGUGGAUGUCAACAUGAAAUCUUAUCUAUUAUCAGAAGCGACCACAAGCCUUCAAAGGAUAGUCGAAAUUCUCGAUAAAAACAAAGACCUGGCCGAGCAGUAUGGAUUUCUUCGUCGAAGCAAUAUAUACCGUAAACUUGGAAUGUGCUACACAAUGCGAACAAAGCUCACUGAAGGAGAACAGUACCUAUUCAUGGCCCUAAAGUGCUUAGGAGAACCCUGGCCCCAAAGUGAGGCCGAGUUUGUCUACAAAUUCUAUGUAAAUCGUAUCAUACAAUCUCAACACCGAAGAUGGGGAGUAUUGAUGAAGUACAAAAAGGAACAUCAAAAAGAGCUCGCAAGACGCAUCCUACAAAUCAUGGGACAAUUGUCCAACAUCUACUUUUACACCGGAAAGGGACGAUCGUUUGUGUAUUCUUGUCUGGUUGGAAUAAACAUCUGCGAAAAGCUUGGAGAGGUUGGUCAGGUCUACACAAUGUUCCUGGCUCGAAACUCUUUGCUUUGUUGGCUAAACGACCAGAAAGAACACAGUAUAUAUUACAUCACACAAGCACUUCGGUACAUGGAUGACAAGGACGAUGCCGGAACACUCACCAUUUGCGCCUUCUUGUGCUUUGCGGCCGGAAAAUUCAAGAACGCACGCGAACUUCUUUAUCAGUCCAUCGAAGCUGUCAAGACACUUGGUGUGAUCACCGACUGCCAGUCAUUUUAUCGAUCGGCUGGACUUGUCAUAACGAUGCGUAUCUUUGAAGGCACUCUUGAUAAAUCUCCCGAUGAUCUCAUCUUACUCAAGCAAAUGUCAGACACGGCCCAUAGUAAUGGAGAUUAUGAAGCAGAAAUCUGGCUGGGUGUCUACAAUAUUGCCAAUCUACUCAUCAAAAACCGACUCAAGGAUUCAGAACCCUUUGCAGCACUUUUGGAAGCACACCUCAAACAUGCAGCAGACUACAAUCGUAUUGCCAUUCAUGGAGUUCUGCUAUAUUUCUAUGCACGAUACCGAAAUUAUGAGAAUGCCCGGAGACACACAAAGUACUUGGUACAGAUACUUCCUGCCUUGACAGUAACACCAAAUAUAUUUCCAAUUUUUGGACUUGUAUUUGCAACCAUGGGCUUGUACUCGAUGGUUGAAGAUGAACAAGUUGAUCUGGUGUCUGCAGGAGACACAAAAAACUACGACCGGUUUAUCUUGGGUGUCUCCAGAAUAAAUCAUGCUUUCCAACAAGUCAAGUUUUGGGAAUUCACACAACCUUGUUUAUAUCUUGCCAGAGCCUUACCAUAUAUCAGUACCGGAAGAACAGUUGAAGGAUACAUGGUUUUGCGUCAUGGUGUAUUUGAAAUGCAUUUCAUUCAAGAAAUCAGAUUCCUCAAGGCCUUUUAUUGGGCCAAUCUUGGCAAGUAUGCUUUUACACCUGCCGAUAGAAUCGAUUGGACAGAUCGAGCAAAGAUUGAUUUUGAUUCCCUGGGAAUUCCUUCGCAUGUCUACUGUAAUCCUGACCCAGCUAAACUAUAUUCACGAGGUGCGCCAGCAGAUCUGUGUGCAUAG